AUGUCCGACCUAAUUCAAGUCAGCACCGCGAAGGGAGAGAGGAAAGCAGUGGACAGGCUCAUCGUGAUUGACAGCCGCACCCUCGUUUCCUACGACAUCCCCAUCACAAACAAUGCCGUCAAAGCGACUGAUUUCAGAAAGAUCUCGGCUCACGGGCUAACUGGUAAUUCUCUUGAGCGGUAUGCGACUGGCCUGAGGAUUAUGGAACCGGGAUUCCAGAAUACUGCCGUCGCAGAGUCUUCAAUCACCCACAUAGACGGCGUCAAAGGAAUCAUCCACUACCGAGGUUACACACUUGACCAACUGAUCGAAAAUCACGACUUCGAAGAUGUAUCCUUUUUGCUUGUUUGGGGCCAUCUUCCGUCCAUACAAGAAAAACUUGACUAUCGCACCAAGUUGGCCGCCAGGCUAAAUCCGCCACAGUCGGUGGUCGAUACGAUAAAAUGUUUCCCACGCAUUACCCCAUACCACCUAAUGUUCGUGGCAGGCCUGACAGCCUGGGCCGCUACGGACCCAACCAUGAUCCCAAUCCAUAUGGGCGCAGAGCUCUAUUUAGGGAAGAUGGACGCCGUCGAUAAAGGCGUCCUCCAGACGAUGGCCGCCUCUAUCAGCGUGAUUGCCCUGAUCUACUGCCACUACCAAGGGAAACAAAUCCGCCCAUCUGAUGCUCAUGCAUCAUUAGCAGAGAACAUUCUCCUGAUGAUGGGGAUUGUCGACCAGACCACCAACCGGCCGGAUCCCAAGAUGGUACGCAUCUUGAACAGUCUGUGGACAGUGUAUGCCGACCAUGAGAUGACCAACUCCACCGCGGCGAGCCUUCAUGUCGGGUCUGGGCUAGCAGAUCCUAUGAGCUGUGUUAGUGCUGCUGUGUGCUCAGGCUCCGGCCCUCUGCACGGAGGAGCUAUCGAUCUUGCGUACAAGACGUUCGAGCGCAUAGGCAGUAAAGACAACGUGCCGCGCGCGAUUGAGGAUGUCAAGGCGGGUAAAUUCCGGCUCUCGGGCUAUGGUCAUCGUAUCUACAAGACCGUUGAUCCGCGCGUCAAGCACCUGAAGAAGGCGCUGAAUGAACUGUCAGGCAAUAUUGAUGCGAAUCAGCAUCUCUCCGUCGCGCUGGAAAUCGAUCGGAUUGCCGCCCAGGAUGACUACUUUACCUCGCGGAACCUGCACACCAACGCGGAUCUGGGAUUCAAGCCCGAGAUCAUCACGGCCCUCAUGACGGCGGGGCGGGUAAGCGGUAUUCUGGCCCAUUGGCGCGAACAGAUGGAGAAACCGGCCACACUAUGGCGUCCCCUGCAGAUUUUCACUAGAGACAGGUCGAAGUUGUGA